AGCGUUUUCCUCCAAAUCUGUUGCUGUGUUUUAUCCUCGUGCGCUGCAGUAUCGCGAGCCGCAGAAUGCGUGCGGGGAAGCCUUUCAAACGCACGUUCGAACGUUUUCUUUGACACCGCAAAUUAUCCUGUUUAUUUUAAACCGGCUACUGUUGCCCCUCUUUGCGCUGAUAUAUUUUUUUUUAUUAGAACCAUGAGCAGUUUGUGGGGACCACCCGAUCUAGUACCGUUGGAAUGGUGGGCAUCAGGCAGUCGAGGAAUGGAGAGCUUCUAAAAACUGAUGGAGUUGGGGAUUUAUUGCAAAAUACGGGAAAGAUGACCGUCUUCUCAUUGUGUUUCCUCUUGUGCGCAGACCUACUUGAUUUAGCCGUUGGAUAUUUGACUGUCACCAUCGAGCCCCUCCCCGCCGUCGUCGUCGGAGACACCGUGACGCUGAAAUGCAACUUCAAGACGGAUGGCAGACUGCGAGAGAUCGUCUGGUUUCGGGUUACGGAUGGGGGCACCAUUAAGCAGAAGAUCUUCACCUACGACGCCAUGUUCAACACCAAUUACUCUCACAUGGAGGACUACCGAAGACGUGAAGACCUUGUUUACCAGUCCACUGUCCGGCUCCCGGAAGUGCGAAUCGCCGACAACGGGCCCUACGAGUGCCACGUGGGCAUCUACGACCGGGCGACCCGGGAGAAGGUGGUCCUGGCGUCGGGGAGCGUCUUUCUGGAGGUGAUGGCGCCCCCUCUGUCCAUCGCGGUGGUUGCAGCGGACACGCCGGCCCCGUUCAGCCGCUACCGGGCUCAGAAUUUCACUCUGAUGUGCAUCGUGUCCGGAGGAAAGCCCGCCCCAGUGGUGUACUUCAAGCGGGACGGGGAGGUGAUCGAGGUCAUCCCGUACACCCAGGGCGAGGACGGGGGCGAGGGCCGGGGCUCCUCCGCGGUCCGAGGGCCCCGGCCCCUGAUCAGCCGGGACCUGGACGACACCAAACAGCGGAAGUCCCUCUCGCUGCUGGACCCGGAGCCCGCCGCGGCGGGGCGUCCGUACACGGAGAGCCCCGCCCGGGGCCUCACGCCCCGCGGGCUGGAGCCCAGCCCGGCCACGGAGGCCAUCCCGGAGACGGUGGUCAGCCGCGAGUUCCCGCGCUGGGUGCAGAGCAGCGACCCGCUGUACUACUUCCACAACACGCUGGUGCCGCUGAAGAACGGCACGUCCGAGGUGCGCGCCAUGCUGACCUGGACCCUCAACCCGCAGCUGGACAACGACGCGCUCUUCAGCUGCGAGGUCAAGCACCCCGCCCUGUCCAUGCCCAUGCAGGCCGAGGUCACGCUGGCGGCUCCCAGGGGCCCCAGGCUCUCGAUGACCCCCACCAGGGCAAAGGUAGGCGACACGGUCCGCAUCCUCGUGCAAGGCUUCCAGGUAGGACCGCUCGGGAACGAGGUGUUCCCCGAGCCUCUCUUCACCUGGACCCGGGUCGGGGGCAGGCUCCUGGACGGCAGCGCGGAGAAGGACGGGCGGGAGCUGGUUCUGGAGCGCGUCCCGGCCGAGCUGAACGGGUCCAUGUACCGCUGCACGGCCCAGAACCCCCUGGGCUCCACCGACACCCACACGCGUCUCAUCGUCUUCGAGAACCCAAGCAUGAGGAAAGGAGCACAGAAUCAAAGCAACGGAGCCUCCUGCAGCGGCCUGGCGGGAUUGGUGGUGGCGGUCGCCGUGGUAACAGUGACUCUGGCGGUGACGUGAGCUUGCUGUUCAGGCCUUUCUCCAGACGCCCCGCCCGACCCUCCCCUCGC